AUGGCUGACCAGUGCAUCGUCUGUCUUGAGAACCUAGAGGUCGAAAGCAACCCAGAUGCAACAACGCCCGCCCAACAACGCCUCUCCAAGGAGCUCGAGGCCGAGCAUGCACGUCUUGCUGUCACCGAUCCAGAUGCUCUUGCUGAACUUAACAGCAAGCAAGAUCUCCCGCUCGAGGGCCGGGAGCACCAUGUUGCACAGAUUCCCAUCUGUGGGCACAUGCUACACGAUGUCUGUCUGAGAGAAUGGAGCGAAAAGGCAAACAGCUGCCCCAUCUGCCGCCAGACCUUCCAUGUCGUCACGGUCUAUGACAGAAUCGGAGGCCAGUACUUGUCCACCCGUCGAGUCGAGGACAAGAAGCAGGUACCCGAGUUCGAUCCACAGGCGUGGGCAGACGAGAAUCCAGAAGAAGAAGUGGUGGUCAGCAACCCCUGCCCUGUGUGCAACUCGGCAGACCACGAAGAGGUCCUUUUACUUUGCGACGGAUGCGAUGCAUGCUAUCACACGCACUGCAUCGGCCUUGACCGAAUCCCAGCUGGCCCCUGGUUUUGUAUGGAAUGUGUUCACUCACUUGGUCCCGAGCUCAUCCAGCCUGCUGCCGCCGGGAAUGGCCUCCAAGAGAACAGCGCACGCCCUCUGUAUUACUUCCCUCGCACCCAGGCCAGCAUGCGGCGCGCUAGGCAGCGGGCUCGCUCCGAUGAAUGGCAGGGUGCUUGGGGCCGCAUCACUGGCCGGAUCUGGGACGCCCUUGAGCUGGACUUGGACUACCAGGACGAUGACGAUCAGGUCGUCUUUGAGGGCCUGCGCCGGUCACAGCAACUACGAGAAAGAGAAAGGCAGGAACACGAACGCUGGCAGCAACGCCUAAACAUUGCGAGUCGCUUGGGGGCAAGAGAUGUUUUCGUUAAUAAUAUGCCGAUUCUCGCUCGCCCAGCUCCGCCGCCACCACCCCCACAAGAGUCGCGCGAGGAGACAUUGGCCUGGGGUGCGUUGGAAAAGGCCAGGGAGACCACCGAGAGCAGGAAGAGAAAGUCGCGCUCAGGCACGGCCGAGCCCCAUGAGGAACAGCACCCAGAGCCCGAAAGGAAGCUGAAGCGACCAAGAACAAGGCGAAUGCCGACAACCCAAAAUGGUGAAUCGUCUACUGCCGCAAGAGCUGAAGCAGAGCCUUCAAACCGGCCCGAGCAGUCAAAUGGCACUUCAUCAGCCAACCCCGGGGCCGCCUCGCGAACAACGACCGAUAUUCCCCCUUCGUUUCUAUCCUCGCUCCUGAAGGAGGUCGAGAUGAGUACCCCUUCCGACGAAGAAACCCUCCGACAUAUCUAUGGACCCAUACCGGGUGCGAAUGAUGUCUCGUCACCUGCUCGCUCGCCUUCUCCUCUCAGCCAAGGAUGCAUUACCCCUCCCCCUGUGCGCUCUAGUUCCCCGCACAUGACGCUCAGCUCACACAUCACCCCUAUCUACCCACCAGCGAACUUCUCACCAACGCGGGCGUCAUCAUCGAACUCCAGUUCCAUCAAACCUUCCCGAGCCACAUCGCCACACAAGCACGCACAUCGCGACAACCGAUCAUCGCCCGAGAAUAGCGACUCGGAACCUCGCGGGCGCCAGCAUCCACGGCCGUUGGAGCUUAGGCAGCCCCAGCCUCGGCGCAAUCGUCCGGCUGUGCUGCCAAGGUCCGAAAACGUGUCGCCGACACGCCCCACCUUGCCUCUUGAGCUCAAACAAAAUAUCAACAGCAUCGUCAAGGCAGCCCUCCGCCCUCACUGGCGUGAUCGACAGCUCACGGCGGAGCAAUACGAGAAGAUCAACCGUGACAUAUCGCGUUUGAUUUACGAAGAAGUUAAGGAUCCUUCGGCCGUCACUGAAGAUACAAAACAGAGCUGGGAGAAGACAGCUUCCCAAGAGGUGGCGCGAGCAGUCGCCUCGCUCAAGGCUUGAGAUUUUGAUCAGUGGGCAGGCAUCAUCACUCGUUUCACCUUUUCAUAUAUGGGCCACGGCACGGUACGGCGCAUGACGACUAAAAUUAUUAUCACAGAUUCGACCACGACGAUAACGACUGCUGGUUUGCAGUGAUUCUCAUGACAAACGGCGUUUCAUCCAUGGGCAUGGAGCAUAUCGGAAGGAGCGAUUUGGGCAUAAACGUAUGGGCAGACUAGGAUACCCAACGGCUGAGCAUUUAUCUGGUUGGGGCGAGAGGGAGAUAAAUAGGUGUUUAUCAGAAGAGGAAGGAAUAUCGGUAUCCUUUAUCAUUCUAGCUCAUUUCUUUUUGUUUUUCCGUUUCCUUCGCUUGGUCUGUUGCUGUUUUCUAUCAGGGAGUUGAAUGGCGUUUGUUGAGGGAGCUGGAAUCGCAAGGUUGCAUGGGGUAUUGUAACUGGCUUUUUCGUGCUUAGCAUAGCCUGGCGGAUGGGAGUUGACGACUUUUGAUAGGGUCUGGAAAUGUAUAUAUCUGUUACACUAGGGAUCAAGGCUUGCUGUUAUAUGUAUGAAUAUUACAUAGACCGAUGGGGAUCAUAUGUGAGGCGGGUGAAUGAGAAUUGAAUGUGUUGAGGGGUUGAGGCUGAGAGUGUUGUUGGUUGGGGAUGGUGUGCAAUGAUAUGUGGGUUAGUGUAAAUCUGUAAUUAUUGUGAUAAUGUUGUGAUACUAUCUAAUUGUGAAUGUAUAUGUGAGUAGAUGACAGCUUCACUUUGCUUUAGACCGUCGACGUGAAAUC